AUGUGCGCGGCAGACACCAAUGGCUCGACACCUCGUCCAUCUUCUCAGCAGAGGCUGCCAUACCAGUCAGUUCAGGACUAUCUCUCCAAUAUUCACAACUUCAGAAUCAUCGAAAGCACAUUAAGAGAAGGCGAGCAAUUUGCCAAUGCUUUCUUCGACACAGAUUUCGGCGUCGAAUACAUUGAGCUCACCUCCCCCGUCGCCUCGGAGCAGUCACGAAUCGACUGCGAGACCAUUUGCAAGCUCGGUCUCAAAUGUGCGAUGGAAGACGCCAAGGCCGCGGUAGCCACAGGCGUCGACGGAGUCGAUCUCGUCAUCGGCACCUCAAGUUUUCUUCGAGAGCACUCCCACGGCAAGGACAUGGCUGCCAUUACCAAGGCUGCUAUCGAAGUCAUCAAUUAUGUUAAGAGCCAAGGAGUAGAAGUCCGAUUCUCAUCCGAGGACUCGUUCCGCUCUGAUCUAGUCGACCUGCUCUCGCUAUACAAGGCCGUUGACGCAAUUGGCGUGGACCGAGUCGGUGUUGCUGAUACAGUUGGAUGUGCUACCCCUAGACAAGUGUUUGAACUGGUGCGUACGCUUCGUGGAGUUGUCAAUUGCGAUAUUGAAACCCAUUUCCACAAUGACACUGGAUGUGCCAUCGCCAAUGCAUACGCAGCGCUCGAGGCUGGCGCAACUCAUAUCGACACGUCUGCUCUCGGCAUCGGAGAACGAAACGGCAUCACGGCCCUCGGAGGACUCCUCGCCCGAAUGAUCGUCUCGUCCCCCGACUAUGUCCGCUCGCGCUACCAACUCUCACAGCUCAAGGAUCUCGAGAAUCUUGUCGCUGAAAGUGUCGAAAUCAACAUUCCCUUCAACAACCCCAUCACGGGCUUCUGUGCCUUUACCCACAAGGCCGGCAUUCAUGCCAAGGGCUGGAAUGCCAUCAAGUCUCGCUCCGAGCAACUUGGUUUGAGCAUGUCUGACGACCAAUACAAGAUUCUAACUGCCAAGAUUAAGCGAAUGGCUGACAUCAGACCUCUUGCAAUCGAUGACACAGACUCGAUCAUCAGAGCCCACCAUCAUGAGCUGGAAAACGGCAAGGCUUGA